UAAAAAAAAUUAUAAUUUAUAAUUUUUUUUUAAUAUUUUCCUUGUUUCAUGGUCGCAUGUGGAGUGGAAUGGUGUCUUGAAAGUGCAAGAAAAGCAAAAGCUGCACAACUACUACUACACAAACAAGCAAAAAUAGAAACUUCAGUGGAUCUACAAAUUAUUAUUAUUAUUAUUUUAUAUAAAUCCAUUCCCCCUUCAAUUCGAUUGCACGUCUCUCUCUAAUACAAAAUGACCGCCAUCUUUCUGCACGUUCAAAAUUUGGUCGCCAUAUCACUAUCUCUCUGUUUCACGUAUCCCAAGACUUCCAUUCUUCUAUUUAAUUCCUCUCUCUCUGUAUGCCCGCGAUUAUGCUUCUUUUGCCGGGAAUAUCCCUUCUGGGUUUUUCCUUUUCUUCAAUUUUUGGGGUUGGCUGUUUCUUUCUUUCUUUCUUUUCUGGACGUUGAAAAUUUUUCUGAUGGUGAUAUGAAAUAGUAAUUUGGCAGUUCUUGUUUCUUUUUUUUUUUUUUGGUGUGUUAUUUACGUUUGAGGGGUUUUCUUGGCUUGGUUAGCAGGAUCUGGGAUGGUCAAUGCGAGUUUUUGACCCAUUUGGCUGCUGAAUUUGGAGUACUGUGCCAAAUCAAGAGGAAUUCAGCAAGAUACAAUCUUUCUUUAGCCAAGAUAUGGAUAUAAGUAAUGAGGCCUAUGUUGAUCCCUUUUCAAUUGGACCCUCAACGAUCAUUGGUAGGACGAUUGCUUUCAGAGUGUUAUUCUGCAAGUCAAUGUCACAUUUGAGGCGUAAAAUCUAUCAUGUGUUAUGGAAUUACUUUCAUAGAUUUAGAGAUGCUUCUGCAUCCAUAUUUUCGUGGUUGCAUCCACGGAAUCCUCAAGGGAUAUUGGCCAUGGUGACUUUAAUUGCUUUUCUUUUGAAACGAUACACCAUUGUGAAAUUGAGGGCUGAAAUGGCUUACCGGAGGAAAUUUUGGAGGAAUAUGAUGAGAACUGCAUUGACAUAUGAAGAGUGGGCACAUGCUGCAAAGAUGCUUGACAAAGAGACACCAAAGAUGCAUGAAUCAGACCUUUAUGAUGAAGAACUAGUGAGAAAUAAACUUCAGGAGCUCCGACACCGUCGACAAGAGGGAUCUCUUAGAGACAUCAUCUUUUGCAUGAGAGCAGAUCUGAUAAGAAAUCUUGGUAAUAUGUGUAACCCAGAGCUUCAUAAGGGUAGGCUUCAAGUGCCCAUGCUCAUAAAGGAAUACAUCGAUGAGGUCUCAACUCAGCUGAGAAUGGUUUGUGAUUCAGAUUCGGAGGAGCUUAAACUGGAAGAGAAGCUUUCUUUCAUGCACGAGACAAGACAUGCAUUUGGGAGAACAGCUUUGCUUUUGAGUGGUGGUGCUUCCCUUGGAGCAUUUCAUGUGGGUGUGGUUAAAGCACUGGUUGAGCAUAAGCUUUUGCCAAGAAUAAUUGCUGGUUCUAGUGUGGGAUCCAUUGUGUGUUCUGUUGUUGCCACUAAAUCAUGGCCAGAGUUACAAAGCUUUUAUGAGAAUUCUUUGCAAUCAUUGCAGUUUUUUGAUCGGAUGGGUGGGCUUCUUAAUGUUGUGAAGAGGGUCAGGACACAAGGAGCUAUCCAUGAAAUCCAGCAGUUGCAAUGGAUGUUAAGGCAUCUCACUAGUAAUCUUACAUUUCAAGAAGCUUAUGACAUGACAGGUCGAAUUCUUGGGAUCACAGUUUGCUCCCCUAGAAAGCAUGAGCCUCCUAGGUGCCUUAACUACCUUACUUCACCUCAUGUUGUUAUAUGGAGUGCAGUCACUGCUUCUUGUGCCUUUCCUGGCCUUUUUGAAGCCCAGGAACUAAUGGCGAAGGACAGGAGUGGGGAAAUUGUUCCAUAUCAUCCACCUUUUAAUCUGGAUCCAGUGGAAGGAUCAAGCGCAUCUGCACGCCGGUGGAGAGAUGGUACCUUGGAAAGUGAUUUACCAAUGAUGCAAUUGAAGGAACUGUUCAAUGUCAAUCAUUUUAUUGUGAGUCAGGCAAAUCCUCACAUUGCUCCACUAUUGAGAAUGAAGGAAUUUGUGAGAGCAUAUGGUGGUAAUUUCGCUGCAAAGCUUGCUCAUCUUACCGAGAUGGAGGUAAAACAUAGAUUCAAUCAGGUACUGGAACUUGGUUUUCCAUUGAGGGGAGUUGCCAAGCUUUUUGCUCAAGAUUGGGAGGGUGAUGUCACUGUUGUUAUGCCUGCCACUGUCGCUCAGAUAUCAAAAAUUAUACAAAAUCCAACUGAUGAGGAGCUUCAUAAGGCAAUCAACCAAGGGAGCAGGUGUACAUGGGAGAAACUUUCAGCCAUAAAAGCUAACUGUGGCAUUGAGAUCUGUCUUGAUGAGUGUGUCGCAAUUCUCAACCACAUGCGUAGACUCAAAAGGAGUGCUGAGAGGGCUGCUGCUGCUUCUCAUGGUCUAGCCACCACAGCUGCCAGCACUGUCAAAUUCAGUGCUUCUAAAAGAAUUCCAUCUUGGAACUGCAUUGCUCGAGAGAACUCAACAGGCUCACUGGAAGAAGACCUCACUGAUUUUGCUUCAACAUUUCAUCAAGGUGUUGGUGCAUCUGGAUGGGAAGCGCCUUCUGGUGGAAAUGUGCAGAUGCACCGUAACAUACAUGAUGGAAGCGAUAGUGAAUCUGAAAGUGUAGAUGUAAAUUCUUGGACGAGAUCUGGUGGACCAUUGAUGAGAACUACUUCUGCAAAUCAAUUUAUUGACUUCGUCCAAAAUCUGGAUGUUGAUACUGAAUUGACCGAAGGCUUCAUGACUCAUCCCAACUCUCCAGGGGCUCAGAUGGGAAUCCGGGAUCCAUAUAAUAAGAUGUCCAGGGUGACAACACCAGAGAGAAAUUUGGUAAGCGAAUUUGAACAGAGGGAUUCUAGCAAUAGAUUGUCUGUGAAUAAUUCUAGCAUUACAGUCACUGAAGAUGAAGUUUUGCAGCCUGAAAGGAUCCACAAUGGGUUUGUGUUGAAUGUUGUAAAGAAAGAAAAUCUGGCAUUCUCUAAUAGGACUCGGGACUCGGAGAACUACAAUUAUGAAGUUCCUGAAUGUGUUCAGUUCGACUGUCCAGAAAGGGAUAUGGAUGCUAACUCAGCAUUUGAAUAUGCUGGUGAUGAUGACCACGACAACCAUGCCACUGCAACGAACAUAUCUAACGAAACAGUUUCUGAUCCUAGUUCCUAGAACAAUUCCUGAUUACAAGAUGGACAAGAACAAAGUUGUUGGCAGAUGGUUAAUUUGGAGGAAAAUUUAAGUUUUGCUUGACACUGGGUGGAGCUGAUUCCACAUCACUGGUUUCAUCAAAAGCACAGAAUGACUAACCAUUGCUUAAAUAUCCAAGGUCACCGUGAUUUCAAGUGUUACUGAUCCAAAAACAGUGGAGAAUCAAGAAUGAUUCUUUCAACAGCAGAAAUAUAAGGGAAAAUUGAGGAAAAGAGAACGGCUGAUAAUUUUUGGUACUAGCAUGAUCGAAUUUGAAAUUAUUUUGCAUGUGGUAAAUCAUUGUCUGCGUAAACAAAUCCUGUACAUAUACAAUGCCAUGUAACUUCCAUACGUACAGGUCAAUGAAUAAGGAGAGAUUUUUACCGCCAA